AAGAACUUCAGUCCUUGAACCCCUCUCUCAUCCCGAUAUAGAUACACAAUAUUCACUUCUGCUCUGAAACCACUUGUCACGGCCUCAGAACAAGAGAUGACUGAACAAAGAGCCGUGGUGAAAAAGAUGGCAAAGCAUAUCGGCUUUUGCUGGUGUUUUUUCUUUCUCCUUUGCUUCAUCGGAUCUAUCUCUCCCCCAGCUGAAGCUGCGGUGAAGCAAUACCACUUUGAUCUUCAAGUGAAGAAGGUGAGCAGAUUGUGCCAUUCCAAGCCCAUUGUGACUGUCAAUGGGAUGUUCCCAGGGCCUACACUCUAUGUCAGGGAAGGCGACCGAGUCCUCGUUAAUGUUACCAACAAUGCACAAUAUAACAUGUCAAUCCAUUGGCAUGGGUUGAAGCACUUUCGCAACGGUUGGGCUGAUGGACCGGCUUACAUAACACAGUGUCCAAUCAAGACCGGGCAAGCUUACACGUAUGAUUUCAAUGUAACAGGACAAAGAGGAACGCUCUGGUGGCAUGCACAUAUUUUUUGGCUAAGGGCCACUGUGUAUGGUGCUAUCGUCAUCAUGCCCAAGCCGGGGACACCGUACCCUUUCCCUCAGCCUAACUUGGAAUUUAAUUUACUCCUAGGAGAGUGGUGGAACACUGAUGUAGAAGAGGUGGUUAAAGAAGGAACCAAACGGGGAUUACCUCCAAACAUGUCAGAUGCACAUACAUUUAAUGGCAAGCCUGGACCACUCUUCCCUUGUUCUGAGAAACAUACUUUUGUAAUUGAGGUUGAACAAGGAAAAACAUAUCUCAUACGAAUCAUCAAUGCUGCACUCAACGAUGAGCUCUUCUUCGCCAUCGCUGGGCACACCAUGACAGUAGUCGAGAUCGAUGCAGUCUACACCAAACCCUUCACAACUCAAGCAAUCCUAAUAGCACCAGGCCAAACAACAAAUGUUUUCAUCCAAGCAAACCAAGUCCCCAACAGGUACUUCAUGGCGGCUAGGCCUUUCAUUGAUGUCCCACUUUCCAUCGACAACAAAACCGCCACAGCCAUCUUGCAAUACAAAGGCAUACCAAAUUCCAUUCUCCCAACUCUCCCAGUCCUGCCUGCCUCAAAUGACAGUGCUUUCGCGCUAAAAUACAUUUCCAAGCUCCGGAGCCUAAACUCUCUCCAAUUUCCUGCAAAUGUGCCUCUCAAUGUCGAUCGACAUCUUUUUUACACCAUUGGUUUGGGGAAAAACCCUUGUCCAACUUGCCAGAACGGAUCCCAACUCGCUGCUUCUUUAAACAACAUUUCUUUCGUAAUGCCGCCUGUAGGCCUCCUGGAAGCUCAUUAUUUCAACAAGAGCGGUGUGUUCACAACAGACUUCCCAGACCGCCCUCCGGUGACUUUUAACUACACUGGUGCUCCACUUACAGCGAAUUUGAAGACUUCGUUGGGGACAAGGCUGAGUAGGAUUUCUUUUAAUUCAACGGUUGAGUUGGUUUUGCAGGAUACUAACCUUCUUACUGUGGAAUCACAUCCAUUUCAUCUUCAUGGGUAUAAUUUCUUUGUUGUUGGGACUGGGAUUGGGAACUUUGAUCCUAAGAAAGACCCUGCUAAAUUCAAUUUGGUGGAUCCUCCUGAGAGAAAUACAGUUGGUGUUCCCACUGGUGGUUGGACUGCUAUAAGGUUCAGGGCUGAUAAUCCUGGUGUUUGGUUAAUGCACUGUCACUUGGAGCUCCAUACAACCUGGGGUUUGAAGACAGCUUUUGUAGUAGACAAUGGAAAAGGCCCAGGUCAAUCUGUUCUGCCUCCACCUAAAGAUCUUCCUCCUUGUUAGUUGUCCUUUGGGAUUUUUUUUUAUUCUUUUUUUAUUAAAAUUGAGAUUGUUUGGAAAUGGGCAACUCUUAUUGGAGCUAAUUGCUUCUUGUAACAAUAUCUUGCAAAGUGCAAGAAAUAUGGAUGAAUUUAUAUAUAUACAAGCAAAAGAGUGAACAGUUUGUAUUAAGCUGUUGUGGGAUGUAAUUAAAUUGCAAUAAAAUUCAAUGUUCAUAUGGUUCUCCAUUA